GGCACGAUGCUGCGGGAGGGCUGGGCGCUGGCAACCUUUGCUGCAACGGGGUGGCCGGGAGCUUGCUCUUGCCUAACACCCAGUGCAGAGCAAAACAAAUUUCUCACCAGAAAAGAAUGUUUUGGCCCAAUUCUGAAAAAACCCCGAGCACGUCCCCUGGGAAAAGGCAGGUCAGGCUGUGGCUGCUUCCCCCCCCAAGCACCGCAGCAUCCCCACGGCGCAGGUUUCCUGUCCUGCAGACCAAUUCAGUAGGGUCGACCCCUCCAGGAGGUCUCAGCGCUGCAAACCCCCAUGGGGAUCAGCACUAAAAUACAGCCACAGAAACAGCAACAAAACACUUCUUCCCUGGAUAUCAGCAGCUGUAAUUCCUACCCUGGCUUGCCCCAGAAGUCAACAGCACCAGGAAAUAUCCCUUAAAUCAGCAAUGCUUCCCUGCGGUAUAACCCAGGCAUCAAGCUCUACCAUCCUCAUCCAGCAACAUUUGGUCCUGGGGAAGACGAGGAGGAAGGAGCGGGCAGCCCUUUGCCCAACAGCUGCUGUUUGCAAGGCAUAAAUCAAGGAUCAAAUCCUCGCCAAGAUGGGAGAGGGGCAAUCAGGCAGACAGAUUGCAGGCCAGGAUGAGUUGAAACACAAUCUCCCUGUUUAAAUUUUGGGUGAAUUUUAACUACCUAUGUAUUUGUCUGCUUGGACAGCUGGCUGUAUGAAUCCAUUCAUACGGAGGUCCAAGUGCUGAUGUGUUGGCUCAGAUACUGCACUCCCUCAGUACAUUGCACGAAAUUGAGCUGUAAAAGUGGUAUUUUGCAUAUCACAAAAGAGAAACAAACUCCACAUCCUCCCAGGGAUGCGGGUUCAGCCCAGGGGGUGUGUGUUAUUCCACUUUUGGAGAAGGGCUACUGCAAACCUGCCAUGGGUAGAGGGGUUGGGGCGGGCGGUCUUUCACCUGGCAGCUCAGGCAGUUUGAUGCACAAAAAUAGACUUUAUUCCCCAGUGAUAAAAACUGGCUGCGGACUCAGAAAAUAUUGAAUUAUGGCAAGCUCUGGUUCACCUAAUUAACUCACUGCCAUCCCAAGGGUCUACGUAAAUUGGUCCGGAGAGCUGAUGAGGCAAACGGCAUGUGCUAGAUGGGGGAAGAGAUUUUGCUGAGGCCCUGAGCCGAGUUCCCUUUUCUCACCAUCUCUCCGAUUUCCACCCAAGUUGCAUCCUUGUUCCCUGCCUCAGUUUCCCUAUCAGUGAUGGGGGGGAUUUCCUCUCCCUGGCUGGGUGCCUGCCUGCACCGGGGUUCCCCAUAAAGUGGUGCAGAGCUGUAUGCACCUCAAUCUCUGCCAGAAGAAAACUGCUAAGGUGUUUGGCAUCAUCUAUUUAAUUAGAGAUUCUCUCCAAGCAAACAACAUGACUGUCCUCUUUUUUCACCCUUCCAUUAUAUGCCACUAGCAUUUAUUUUUUUUUUCCCCCUCACUCUGCUGCUUGCCUUAUUUUGCUUCAACAUAAAGAUGAAUCAGAAACCUCGUGUGAUGGUCCAUGAGCGUUGCCUGCUCUGGUUUGAGAGCAAGACUAUGCACAGCGCCCAGCAGGUAUGGGGAAAGCGAUGGAGCAUCCCCACACGCAAGGAGCACCUGGGCGCUGACAAGCUCCUGCUAACAAGAAAACCGGCAUACAGUGCUUUUACUCGAUCCUACCUUCAGCCGCAGCCUGUUCUUGGCUCACGGUGCUGCAUCUCAUCCGCUUUGGUAAGUCAGGAGGGGAGGAUGCUUUGUACUGGCUGCAUUUUCUCCCUGCCCAGGUAAGUCACGAUGGACACAGUAAGAUAUAGAAUGGCAUUUUCUAACCGAGACAUCAAAAAACUAAUAGUCACCCAGGAACAGAGCGGUUCCCAUUCUCCCUCAAGUUGUCCCAUUUUGUUCAGGGAGGUAUUGGGAUGCUGAGAUACCCAGAGCCACACAUGGAUUCAACCCCAGUCUGUCCCACUCAUCCCAGUCCACUGAAACCUCCCCGGGUGAAGGGCUCCCCCACCAUAGGGCAUCCUGCAGCCAGCGCCUCUGGCAACGCCGAGAGAGACUCGCACACAAAGCGGGACCGAUAUGGCGAGGAUUGUCAAUAUUUGCCCACUUUGGGUUCUCCAAAGGAGGGGCCCCGUCGCAUGGGUACAAUGGCCAUAAAAGCGACCAGCGGCACUUCGGGCUCACCCAAACACCGGAGCUGCCACCGCCAGGCAUGAAGCUCUUCUGGCUGCUCCUCUGCCUCGCAGGGCUGGUCCCCGCCAGCUGCAACGUGUUACAGUUUGGUGCAAUGAUUAAAUUCAAGACCAAGAAAUUGCCGCUGUCCUACAAUGGUUACGGCUGCUACUGUGGCUUGGGGGGAUCCAAACAGCCGCUGGAUGCGACUGACUGGUGCUGCCAUGCCCACGACUGCUGCUACAAGAAGUUGGCUUCCUCUAGCUGCAGUCCCAAACUGGUCACAUACGAAUACACCAUCUCGGGAAGCCAGAUAGUCUGUGGAUCCAAGACUUGGUGCAAAAGACAGAGCUGUGAGUGCGACAGGCAGGCGGCAGAGUGCUUCCAAAAGACAGCCAGGACCUACCACAACCCUUACAAGAAUUACCCAUGGUUUCUGUGCAAGGGCAAAACUCCCUCCUGCUAGACAUGUUGGGGUCAAAAUUUGAUGGAAACAGUCUAAAUUGUGGGGGUUUUGCCUCCCCUGUGCCCAGGCUGGCGGCACCACAAAGACGUCUGGUGCCUUUCCCCACAGCCGGUGCACAGGGAAAGCCCGCUCCUCACCAUUAAAUAAAUCAUAAAAAUGAGGGAAUCCCUGCAAAUAAAAAUACGUUU